CUCCACAUCUAUAUCCGAACCAAAUUCCCUCCUUGGUUUCUUCCCUCGUUUUCCACUUUCUCUCUCUUCCCGCUUUUUUAAUCCUUUCUCUCUUCUUCUCCAUCUCCUUCCCAAAUCCAAAUCCAGAUCUCACCCUCCGAUUCAAUUCCUCCCUUUUCAAUUUCUUCAAUUGCUCAGAUUCUCAAAUUCCCAAUUCCUCUCUCUCCCAAAUCCCCCCAAAAAAGAGGGCUUGAUCGAUCUCUCUGUCCUUCAACAGAUUGUUAGUUUCUGAGUUCACUCAAUUUCGAUGUCGACUUCGCAAGCUAAUCAUCCGACGGAGCAGAUCGUGCCACAACAGCAACAUCAACUGCCUUUGAAGCGCCAACUGCCAUUCUCCUCCAUGAAGCCGCCAUUUGGGGACUACCACCGGUUUUCCUCACCGGCCCUCGACCUUAGGUUGAAGGAACCCGAGGCUAUUGUGGUAAAAUCUCCGCCAUUAAAGAGGAAGAGUGAAACAGCAGAUUUAGUAGCCGAGUCCAGUGAUUGGAACCCUAGUACUGGAUAUGUGGAAGCUGUUGGCAGCCCUCUUCAAACACCUGUAUCAGGGAAAGGGGGAAAGGCACAAAAGGCGCCAAGGAUGGCAAAGUCCAAUAGAUCUGGAUCUCAAACUCCUGUGUCAAAUGUUGGUUCUCCUUCGGGCAAUAAUCUUACUCCAAUUGGUCCUUGUCGUUAUGAUAGCUCCCUCGGUCUACUAACAAAAAAGUUCAUCAAUCUGAUCAAACAUGCUGAAGAUGGUAUUCUUGAUCUAAAUAAAGCUGCUGAAACAUUAGAGGUACAAAAGAGGCGUAUAUAUGAUAUAACAAAUGUCCUUGAAGGAAUUGGUCUCAUCGAAAAGAAGCUCAAGAAUAGAAUUCAAUGGAA